UAAUGCAAAUGACUGAAACAAAAACGGCAAUAGUUCAAUAGCAUUGUAUUUUAUAUACGACUUCCCACCGUGUGGCGAUUUAUCCAUAACAAAACACAAUUUUUAAAGGAAGCCAUGCCAAAUACAUUGCACUAUCCGCACUGGGCGCGCGCAGUGGCGACUGUAUCCUUGUUGUUCUUGGCAUUGCAACAAACUUGCCCGGUAGCUGCAGCAGCUGACCAGCAGCAGAAAUUGGAGUUAUCCACAAACUUAAAUGUUACUCGUAAUUUAAAUGUCGAAGGAAGCGCAAUAGCUGAUGCGCACAAAACAGCGAAAAAGGCGUUGACUGUUGAUGAUGCGGCAGCGGUAGCGGCGCCACCAAAGCCAGUGGAAGGCGAAAAAGAGGUGGUCAUAAGCGAACGACCGGGUCCACCGGUUCCAGCUACUGCAAAUAAAGAAAUAAAUGAGCACAAGGAUGUCGAUCAUAUUCGGCAGCCCGCAGCUUCGAAGGAGCUUGGAAUCGAACCAGUAGACGAAGUUCACAUCCAACAAUCCAAAUUUAAUUUGCUGAACGAUAACAUGGAUUUUCCCGAAACAUACACAGCUGUGUUCUAUAUCAUGGUUGGCAUUACCAGCUCGGCCAUAUUGAUAUUGGUAUUGCGAGUGUAUCGCUUGCGUUUGUCUCGAGCUGAGCGUAAAUAUGGUGUACAAGGCGAUCGAGCCAAUCAGGAAUUGACACCAUUGCCUAUGGCCAUUGAGGAUGUAAAUAGCGACGAAGAAGAUCACACACUGUUUGAGUUGGUUCAAAUCUAACAAAAAAAAACCAUUUGUGAUAAAGAUGAUAUGUUGAUGUCAAAACGAAAAGGUGCAGUUGCAUAUGCGAACUGGAAUAAUGCGUUUCAGUAAUUGAGCAUGUUGGUAUUCUCAGACUAUAGACGCUUUCGAAUUUUGUAUACAAAUAUACAAAACUAUAUAUUGUGAACUGCAAGCUGAUUGUCGUUAAAAAAUAAAAAUAAACGCUAAAUAUAGUAAAUGUUUAAGCAUUAACUGAAAUAAAAUAGUAAACUCGA